AUGCGCCAGGACGAGGCCCUGGAAUGGCGAGAACGAAGGCAAUCACUUGAGGCCGACAACGAACGCCUCAGCACCGAGCUACGCAGCGCACUGGGUCGCAUCACCCGCCUCGAAACCGAAACCCGCCGUAAGGAUGCCUUGUUGACGGAGGCGCGGGACAGCGCCACCGCACGAGCAGAAAAGAGCUCGAGGUUCGAGACCGAGCUCCGCCGUAAAGACCAGCUCUUGGAAGAGGCCGAGCGAGACAAAAAGCGAGCUUGGCAGGCCACAAACGCUUCAGCGGAAACAGUGAACGCCGCCAUGAUGCGGGCCAAGGCGGCUGCCAAGGAAGCCUCCGACCUUCGUAUUCUCCAAAACAGUGUCCGCUGGCAGGAUGCUAACAGUGGCGAAAAGCUUCGCUUUGAAGGUCGGGCGGUGAACAAGCCAGGUAAAUCCUUAACAGACGCACUGGCGGCUGCGGCUGCUGACGGCGGUGGACCGGAGGCGAUGAGGCGCAGCUGGGGGGCGGUCGAGUCAGAUCCUCUUCACAACGUGCCCGCGGCGGGGCGAGAUGUUAUUAGGAAUCGAACGAGCUCCCUCGGCUCGGCAGUGGGGCGCUCGGUGGAUCACACGGCGGCGGUGGACAUUGUGAAUCACGCCAACAACAAGCUUACGCGAAUUGCAACAGCAGGCAUCGAAAAUACUACAGCAGGGGUGAACCAUAUUCCUCCGAGAGACGUCGCCACGGCAGUCGGUCAACCUGCAAGCCAUGGCGUUUCUCUCGGGGAUAUCCUCGUCGAGAGGGAAGAAGAGAACGACGCGUGGCGAACAGAUGUCGCGGUGUCGUCCUCUUCAAAAGAAUCACGGGAGACAAGAGAAUCAAGGCGGUGGGUGCAUGCUGUGAUCGGGCCAAACGCCUCUCCAACCAGAGCAGCAGGACGUGAGCUUUGUAUUGUUGGAGAUAGGCAGCAUCAUGACUCAGCGGGGGUGAAGGGGGCAUUAACGGGGGCAAACCCGGCAUGGACCGACAUGCCACCCCUGUCGCAAGGCGGCUCCCCCGAAGCGAUCGGAGGGUGCGGCGAUCGCGAUAAUCUCGGCUACGGGCGGCGUCUGUUUGAAAGCAGCGGUGACGGUGCUGUAAAUAGUACGCCUAUCACCCACGGGGAAGAAUGUAGAACAAGCGAGGAAUGUCGAGAUCAUGGCAAGGUCUGCAGUGGGCAUGGCGAGCGUACCAUGGAUGAAGUCGGGCUUCGGGACAAGGCGCGCGCCUGUGAAGAUGUCAUCAAUGAUGCAUCAACAGCUGAUUUUUCUUUCAUGAUGCCAAGACCCUACCCGGCGGCCGGGUGCAGGAGGGGUCGAGACUCCAUGUCAUCGCGCCGUAGCAGCCUCAGCGGGGCUGGUGCAGGAGUGAUGGAGGUGACCGGCGAGGCAUGCGGUCUCGAACCCGAUCGGGCAACCGACGUAAGGCAGGUCCUUCCCACCAUUUUGGACAACGAGGUUGGUAGCCCACAAUCUUUCGACGAGAGCCAGGCAACGAGGAAGGGCCUCAUGAAACAUAACGCAUCACAAUCCACUGCUGCAUCGGUCAAAUCGGAUGCUGUGGAAAGUCGAAGCCCGAAAGAUCACAGUAGGCUCGGGAUGUCGGCCUUCACGAUGAGGGCAUCAGGGCCUUGGCGUAGGCAAUCAUGUGCCGCAGUUCCAAAUGAGCGGUUUUCAUCUGUCACCCAAGGAGGGUUGCGCGAAACGAGCGACUCCCCUGGUGUCUCCGACAAGGAAGCGAUAGCUCGUCGUGAGAGGCGGGCGUCGGCCCCGUUUGCCACGGAUGCAGCAGAGCAUGAGCUUCGGCCAGCUCGCGAGGUGGAAAGAAAACUUACUCUCCUACAGAUGGAAAUAUCUCAGCUAGAAGCAGAGCAAACUAAGCUACUGCCGAAGACGAGCAAGACCAUGCAAGCGCGCGUGCAAAUACGAGAGAUAGAAGGGCGCUUGGCUGUUUUGGCUAAGGAGUCUUCCAAGCUUCGAAGGGUUUUACGAGAAAAACCGUGGACAGCGUGA